AUGGAAGACGAAUCAGGAGAGCCCAAGGCACGCAAGGCCUGCAUCAACUGUCGCAGGCAGAAAAUGAAAUGCCGGAUAGAUUCCGGUAACACCUGCCGCCGCUGUGAGCGUGCUGGGCUUCCCUGUAUUUUUGUGCCGAGAGCCAAUGCCUCUGCGUUCAUGGUGCCAGCCUCGAUGCCGUUGGCGGAGAUGGCAUCAUACGACGUGACACGCGAUAUUCUGCGACGCGUGAAAAUAAUUGAGGACCACCUUGGACUUCCUAGUGUGGGGAAAAUCGACGACCCUGAGGCAAAGCCAGCGCUCACUCCAACAACCCAAGAUGCGCCGACUCAGCUGGAUAAUUCUGCCAGUGGCCAGCUUCAGCACCUGUGGGAUGCGGUAGCGAGCCUUGAGCGGUGUACAACAGGGCCCCGGGAUGCAGUGCUUUGGAACAAGAAUAUUAUACAGUACCUGUGGGAGACUUUUCAUGACAAAAUGCCUGGGCUUCACUUCUUUCCGAGUAAGCAAAUAUUUUCCUCGCCUCAGCCCCUGUUACUGGCAUCCAUGCUAUACUGCUCAAGUAUUCGGGGGUCUGUUGAGCAUGCGGCACUUGCGCCAGGCUACUUCAAUGUCCUGAGCUGCGCCAUCGCACAACUGAGCAUACCAGGAAGCGAGAUCGCCAUCCCAUUCGAUGAUCCCGCGACUUCGGAAGCCAUUGCGUUUCAUUCUGUUCUCGGCCUAGUCCUGGCAAGCCUGCUCAAUGAAGCCAAGGUCCGGGAAACUGGACUUUGGAUAUCCAUUGCAUACAAUCUUAUACUCGAGCACUGCCCGUCGCAGAUUGAUGAGAACAUUUUCGACUGGCCCAAGAUUUUCAAGGGCGUACAAAUUGUCGAUCUAGAGCACGCAUCGCUCCAUUUGACAUGCCCUGUGGUUCCCAUCGAACCUCCGUUCCCCGCGCUACAGAUUCCGCACCACGACCCUCUAUACCGUCUGUCUCGGAUGAUGCACACAGGCCUGUCUCGAUUCUCUGGUCGGGGCCUGCCUACCAUUUGGUCUUGCUUCACAGCCAAAUUCGGUACCAGCGCCCCCUCGUCCAUCCCUUUUACACCUAUCGAUGCUGCAGUCAUCCGAGACUGGGCGAGAAGUCUUGAUGAUUGGCUCGUGGAGUUUGCUAAAACUGGGGAUGAGACCGACCAUCAGCGCACUCUUGUCUUUCGGCAAUACGUGCUGCACCGACUUGUGGUCCUCUCAAUAUACCAUCCAGCUCGUGGAUGUAACUUGCAAUCGAAUAGUAUCACACUACAUGAGCAACACGAGCUUCUCGUCUCUGCCAGAGCGACAUUAAAGCUUCAUCUUAACGACAAAUCAAUAUGGUCCAAUUGGGAUCUGGUCAUGAUAACAUGGGCAGCCCUCAUUGUUCUACAAGGGGUGGAGGCUGGUGCCGGGGAGCAAGACGACUUUCACAAUAUCCGAAUACAUAUGGACCUGUUACGCGAUACAAACGAAACGAAGCCCUGCCUACGCGAAAAGCUGGCGGCACGAUUAGAACAACAGCUCAAUUCUCUUCAGACACCGAGUCCUUCCACUACUCAACAUGUGUCAAUAGAUAUGACCCAGGACUUGGACUACUCGUGGCAAUUGUUUGAUCAUGCGAUUAUCGAGCAGGUGAUGGAACCUUUUUGGGUGCGGCCAAACGCGGACGAGAUCAUAGUACUAUUGGCGCUGCAAGAAAUAAAGCGCCCUCCGUCGUCACGCACUAAACGCCGCAGGGCCACACCGUCAACUUUUAACUGCGCCUACUGCCCACUGCCUAACAUUACGAAAUGCAGAUAUGAAUUCUUUCCUAUCAAUGGUCAUCACCUUGCAUGA